AUGAAUGCUCCUUUGUCCGCCCCUUCUAAUAGAUGGCUGCACAGUAGUCUCAUUAAUCGAGUGUUCGUUAAGGCACGUUGUUUGCCUGACUUUCGGUUCAUUGAGCGCUUGAAAGUCGUGAACUCUACGACAGUCGCGAACAUCUCUCCCUUCCUCCUCAAGCACUCCACUUCGCUAGACCCCCCUUCAGCAUCACAAGUUUAUUUGGGUCCCAAGAGAGGCCGAGUUGAGUACAAGGAAACAAGUUACUUUGACUACCCGGCUCUCAAGUGUUCUGCCUCUCUAACUUCCCUCUUCCAGCCUCUUUUUAGUUUUGGCGCUCUUCUAUCGCCUGUAUUUUCUCGUCAAGUUGUCUAUGAGAGUUAA